AUGGUCCUCGGUCCUCUUCCAUGGCGGAAAGCCAGAACCUCACCUCCAGACCCCUUUGAACCCGCACCUUUCGCUCGCCUCGUCUUCCAAGCUCCUGUGAAGCUACUGCUCUAUCAUGCGUACCAUAUGAUCACCUCGCUGCGAUCCGUCCCCACGCCGUCAAAGCCUCCCAUACGCAUAGUAUGCAUUUCCGAUACACACGAUCACGCUAUCGACGAAGUCCCCGAUGGCGAUGUUCUCAUCCACGCGGGCGACAUGACCGUAGAUGGUAGCAUACCCGAUAUACAAAAGCAGGUAGACUGGUUAUCCAGUUUACCCCACAAAGAGAUAGUAGUGAUAAGCGGAAACCACGACACGUACCUCGAUCCACGCACGCGCCCGUCCCUAUGCGAGGAUCAGAGAGCCGGCACGAUAGACUGGAAGCGUGUGCACUACCUGCAGCACCGCAGACUUAGCCUCAGCAUCGAGGUGGAGCCGCCCAGCUCGGAUAACGAGGAGACGGAUUUGCUGGCAAGGGAAACGAAAUCAAGGAGACUCAGGAUCUAUGGUGCGCCGCAGAUACCGGCUUGUGGCGAUAUGAAUGUACAUGCGUUUCAGUAUCCUAGAGGGAGAGAUGCGUGGUCUGAGACUGUGCCGGAAGAUACGGAUAUCCUGGUUACACACACGCCCCCAAAGUAUCAUAUGGAUUUGUCGUUGCCGAGUGGAAUGGGCUGCGAGCAUUUGGCGAAGGAGGUGAAGAGGGUGAAACCUACACUGCAUGUUUUUGGGCACGUGCACUGGGGUGCGGGGCAAGAGGUCGUUUGGUGGGAUGGGUGUCACGACGCUUAUGAGAAGGGGAUGCGAAUCCAGUCACGAUGGUUUCAGGGCUUGUUGAACCCUUACCUCUGGUGGAAUACGUUCAGAGUUGUCUACCGAGGACUGCGUGAACUGAUAUGGGACCGAGUAUGGGGCGGCAAGGCAACACACACCAUCAUGGUCAACGCUGCGCAAGUGUAUGCCAAUACUGGGAAACUAGGAAAUCCUGUCCAGGUCGUAGAUAUUUGA